AUGGGACGCAAACCAAACCAGCUUAUCCUUGAGUUCUUCAACCGAGGCCCCAAGCUUGAGGAUUCUAGUAACCGUUACCAACACACCUGCAAGGCGUGUGGCGAACGAUUCCCCAAGGGCCGUAUUGAUAGCCUUACCAAUCACCUGGUCAAGAAGUGCCAGGCUAUUCCUCUCCGCGACCGUCAGCGUGUAUUGUUGCGCCUCCACGAGCUUCCCGAUCUGACCGAAGGCGACGGAAACAAGGACGCGACAGGUGGUAAAGGAAAGGGUGAUUCGUUCCCAAACCCAAACCGACCCAACUUUGACGGUCUCAACGUUCUGGCUGAAGCUUCCCGACAAGUUGGUGCUUCCGACACCACAAAGCGAGGCGCACAAUACGCUCAAUCCGUGACUGCCGGUGGAAAGACUGUUGUAGUUGAUCCAGCUCUUGAGGAUUCCUUUCAGGGACAACAGCAAGGCGAUAUGAAACAGGAAGAUAGUGCCAACGCGCAAGGGUCUUCUCAAACACCGAACCCCUCUAUCCCCGCCCUCCCUAGUCAUACCUCAGGCGAUCACGCUUCCAUGUCUCCUCUCGGCGAUAACUCUAUGACACCUGAAUCUACAUCCAACGCUCGCCAGUCGCUGUCAAUGAUCGCAGCUUCUGCUAAUGAGAUGGUUCCUCAGGGAGGCCUUUUGGAUGGAGAUCACCUUGGCGCCGAUGGACUUAAGAUGAGCCAGUGGAAUCACCAGUUGUCGACUCAGGAGCAGCUUCUCUUUGAUAGCUUGCAAGAGCACGAUCCUACUCUUACUGCGGCCACCCAGCGUGCGGCGUCAUACCCCCGACCCAUUGCGAUGAACCCGAACACCCAGGCAAAGGGCUUUGUGAAUGAAUUCGGUAACUCAACUAAGCCGGCUAAGCCUAAGGUGCGAGGACGAUUCACUGCGGAACGUCGUCGUGAAGUCCAGGAAGUGCGAAAGCGUGGUGCUUGUAUUCGCUGCCGCAUGUUGAAGAAACCCUGUUCCGGAGAUACCCCGUGCACUACUUGUGCUAGCGUUGAAAGCGCCCGACUUUGGAAGCACCCGUGUAUCCGAACGCGUCUAUCUGAAGAGUUCGAUCUCUACAAUGCGAAUCUCCAUGCCACCCUUGCUUAUCACGAUACCCAGGCCCUCCAGAAUCAGGUCAAGUUCGAGCACUACCCCGGCCGCAUUGAGGCAACCCACAUGGAGGAGAGUGGCGUAUUCCUUACUAUUAGUGGUCUUCAAGGCCACCGAAAUUCGGUCGCAGCCUUGGAUCCGCAGCUUCAAGGUCUGAGUGAAGAUCAGUUUACUGGGGCUUCGCAGGAGAUCUACAUUCUUGACGAUGGCGAUGAUAUUCCCAGCAAGUUGGAAGUCUACAUUAAGAAGACCGCCCCGUUCUUCUUUGAACAGGAAAGCUCAAAUGUUGUCAAGUCCACCUUGAUUCUAGCCUCCGAGUUGGCCCAAUCUAAGAAGGAUACUCUGCUUGAGCGCGCCGUUGAGUUGUGGGUCGCAACAUACGUUUUGGUUGACAAUGAGCUGGGCUGGAAGACCUACUGCAACCCCACUCUGCCCCCUGCGUCUAUGCACUCGCUCUCUCAGCCUAAUGAUGAAGGUCGUCUGCCUAUCGAACAGGUUUCUGAUCCUGACUCAUAUGGCCUCUUGUGCAGUCAGCUUCGUGGUGCCAUGGAAAAGCGUGCUAUGCAACUCAGCAAGGCCGUCAUCAAUGAUCUUGAGCGCCGCUUGCUUCAGCGCCAGAAGACCGGCUGGUUUGAGACCUUCCUUGUCGCGAUUGUUUUGCUGAACUGCGUUGAACGCACUUGCUGGCUCUUCCGUUCCUGGGAUAAUGAGGAUUUCGCACCACGCUGGCCCUUGGACAAGCGUCCCUUGCUCUACUACAACCAGGCCGACCAGUUUUCCGACAUCCUGCACAUGCUGCUCCCUUACUACCUCGAAGAACGGGCCAACUCUCUCUUUGAUCCCUCUGACUCCCGUUCUCUUGAUCUCCACCAUAGUGCGCGUCUCUUGAUGCCGACUAAUACUUAG